UUCAAAUUAGAAAAUAAAUGACAGUCACUGGGUGCUAAAUGCAAAUGUGAGGUUCUCUUGUACAAACUGGGACUGUUUCGUGACUGCAGAGUUCAUUUAAACUGUCGGAGAUUAUGGAUGAUGUAGUCAGACAGCAGGUAAUCACAUCUCUGCAGUCAGAUCCAGCUUACACAACAACCAACUGAAUCUCAGCAACAACAUCCUCUGUCUUUUGUGCCUGUCUGACAGAAAUUAAAUCCUGGUUUUCUUGCAACUUCUUACAAAUGGACAGCAAUAACUAAACAUCGAUAACUGUACUCAUCACACCCACUGGUUUAUAAAUCAAUCAAUCUGGUGCUGGAGAAAAUGUAUAAUUUAGGUCAUCUAAGCAGGUGUAGAUGAUUUAUUUAUUUCUGUUAGUGCAGAGAAACAUUAAAAUUGGAAAAUGUCCUGAGCUCAUAGGGGCUGUAGCACCACAUAUGAACACAAGGAUCACAGACUGUGUACUCAUGUCUGAACGCCUGUGUUCAGGCACCUGUUGGUGUUUUGCUGCUUACUGUCACUUCUAUUGAUCACCUGAUACCACCUGAUACCACCAUAUCAAGCUGUGGGCUCCGGGUUUGGAGUGCCUGCCUUUGACUUCCUGUCUUGUGCCUCCUUGUCCCUUGAUUGUUCAUUGGUUUCACCUAUGUUGAUUGUCCUCAUGCGUCUCACUUGUGUCUUGUCAUCCCUCAGCCCUCAUGUGUAUAUAUAGCCCUGCCCUUCCCUUUGUUCCUUGUUGUGUUGUUAAUGUCAUCGUGCCAAUCUCCAUGAUUCCGCGUCUUGUUUCAUGUCAAGAUGCCAUGUUGACAAUUUCUUUUGGCUUUUACCUGCCUUGCUUGCAGCGCCUUUUGUUCAUUAUUAAAUAUUUUUGUUCGCCUCAUCUAUAGUCCCCCAUCUGCCCACGGCAGGCUUCGCCACUCCAUACCAUGCUUCACACUGGCACUACGGAAGUCUUCUGUCCACCGGGCUUCAUCCACCCAGUCCUCACCAAUGAAGUCCCCCUCAUUGUCCACUCACCCAGCUGCUGCCACUUCUGUCCCGUGGCCUACUGCCACCUCUGGCUGACGGCGGCCCAGAUGUCGCUGCUGGACGCGCAUGGUUGAGUCUUUUAAAUCCAGGCUCAAAACUUACUUUUUUACCUUAGCCUUUAAGUGUUCUUAUUUUUUGCUUUAUUGCUGGUUUGGUUGUUGGUUGCUGUUUUGUUCUUGUUUUGUUAGUUUUUUUUUUUUUUUUUUUUUCACUUACUGUGCUGUGUAAAUAAAUUGAUAGUCUCCAUGCGAAAAAAUGUAUCUGUAACAAGCUAAUACAGUUCUAAUAUACUAAAAGAUCUUUUCUCUUAGUGUUUUAUUCUAGGGUGAUUGUGUGGUUUCAUCUGUAGUGCUUUUAUUGUCUGUUCUAAUUUCAAGUGAACCGGAAAGAAGAGGUUUUUAGUGUCAGUCAAAGUGCUGCUGGUCUCAUUUCAGUCAGCUGCAGAAUGGAGGGAACAUCUGUCCAGAGGCUGCUGGUUCUGGGCUCUCUGUUGUGCUGCACAACAAACCAAGCUCGUCUGACUGUGAGUCCCAGCAGCUCUCAGGUCUUUAGAGGAGACAUUGUGUCUCUGAGCUGUGAGGAGGACGACAGCUCUGCUGGAUUGACUCUGAGGAGAAACGCCACCACAGGACAGAGGACUCAGUGUGGAGCUGGGUGGGGAAAACCAGCUGGUUCUUCCUGUGACAUCAGCUACAUCCUCCCAUGGGACAGUGGAGUUUACUGGUGUGAGUCCAGAGAGGGAGCAACCAGUAACAGCAUCAACCUCACUGUCUCUGGUGGACCAGUGAUCCUGCAGAGUCCUGUCCUCCCUUUGAUGGAGGAAGAUGACGUCACUCUGCUCUGUAAAACAAAGACCACUCCCUCCAACCUCUCAGCUACUUUCUAUAAAGAUGGCUCCUUGAUCAGGACUGAGUCUACAGGUAACAUGACCAUCCACCAUGUUACCAGGUCUGAUGAAGGCCUCUACAAGUGUUACAUCAUCAGUCAUGGAGAGUCUCCAUCCAGCUGGAUCACUGUCACAGGUGAGGAGCUUCACUUUGAUUUCAACUCUUAUUUCAUUCACAUAUUCAUCUGACCAGGUGAGAUUCUCUCUACAGAGAAACCUACAACCACAGCUCCACCCGCCACUACUGAGGCCACGCCCCCUCCACCAUUAUGCUCAGCCAACCUUGUCCACAAAGUGGCCUACCACCUGGUGGUGUUCUGUCCAUACUUCAUCUCCACUCUCCUCAUGGUGUCUUUAUGUCGACACAGACCAACAGGUAACAUUCACUCACCAAUCAAUCAGUCAAUGACAGGUUACUCAACCCUUCACUUCAGUGAAAGAACUCCAAGUCUCCAUGUUGAUGACCCCGCCCACCCAGGAUGUGCAUAGACGGGAUGAUGACAAUGAUGGCGUCAGUGCUGUCACCACAGAGCAUCACUUCUGACAUUAACCACAGCUCUUCUCCACUCAGUCCAUUCUGAUGCAAGUUGUGCAGUGGAUGGGUAGCUUUAUUGUAUUUGUCCAGCCCCAGGUACAGUUCCAUCUUGUACUUCUGUGUAUGGAAUUUUUACUUAACCAUCGUCUCUUUUUGCAGCACCUCUUCUCUCGGUUCUCAAGCAUCCAGGACCAGGUGGAAGCUCAGCUCCUUGAAAUAUUGUGUGGCAGAGAGGAACAUAAAUUUCUUUAAGAUUUACAAAAUCCUGUUUGUUUAUUGAUACUUCCUGUUUUAUUUUGUUAGUUACCUUGUUUGUGUUCUUGUUUCCUUGUUUUUGUUUUUUUUUUCUGUGAA